UCAAUUAAUCAGCUCCAGCAGACCUCGUGAGAACCAGAGGAAGCAUGCUCCUGGCUGCUUUGUACUGCCUGCUGUGGAGUUUCCAGACCUCCGCUGGCCAUUUCCCUCGAGCCUGUGCCUCCUCCAAGAACUUGAUGGAGAAGGAAUGCUGCCCGCCGUGGGAGGGUGACGGGAGUCCCUGUGGCCAGCUCUCAGGCAGGGGUUCCUGUCAGGACAUCAAUCUGUCCAAGGCACCACCUGGACCUCAGUUCCCCUUCACAGGGGUGGAUGACCGGGAAUCUUGGCCCUCUGUCUUUUAUAACAGGACCUGCCAGUGCUUUGACAACUUCAUGGGAUUCAACUGUGGAAAUUGCAAGUUUGGCUUCCGGGGACCCAACUGCAGAGAGAGGCGACUUUUGGUGAGAAGAAACAUCUUUGAUUUGAGUGUCCCAGAGAAGAACAAAUUUCUUGCCUACCUCACUUUAGCCAAACAUACCACCAGCCCAGACUACGUCAUCCCCACGGGCACCUAUGGCCAAAUGAAUAAUGGAUCAACACCCAUGUUCAAUGACAUCAACGUUUAUGACCUCUUUGUAUGGAUGCAUUAUUAUGUGUCAAGGGACACGCUGCUUGGGGGGUCUGAAAUCUGGAAAGACAUUGAUUUUGCUCAUGAAGCACCAGGCUUCCUGCCUUGGCAUAGACUCUUCUUGUUGCUGUGGGAACAAGAAAUCCAGAAGCUGACAGGGGAUGAGAACUUCACUAUUCCAUACUGGGACUGGCGAGAUGCAGACAACUGUGAAAUUUGUACAGAUGAGUACAUGGGAGGGCGCGACCCAGCAAACCCUAAUCUACUCAGCCCAGCAUCCUUCUUCUCCUCUUGGCAGAUCAUCUGCAGCCGGCUGGAGGAGUACAACCGCCGGCAGGUUCUGUGCGACGGCACGUCCGAGGGGCCCUUACUGCGCAAUCCCGGGAACCACGACCCAGCGCGGACCCCGCGGCUCCCCUCCUCGGCUGACGUGGAGUUCUGCCUGAGUCUGACCCAGUAUGAUUCGGGCGCCAUGGAUAAAGCCGCCAAUUUCAGCUUUAGAAACACCCUGGAAGGAUUUGCUAGUCCACUUACUGGGAUAGCAGAUGCCUCUCAAAGCAGCAUGCACAAUGCCUUGCACAUCUUCAUGAAUGGAACGAUGUCCCAGGUGCAGGGAUCUGCCAACGAUCCCAUUUUCCUUCUUCAUCAUGCAUUUGUUGACAGUAUUUUUGAACAGUGGCUUCGAAGGCACCAUCCUCUUCAAGAAGUCUACCCUGAAGCCAAUGCACCCAUUGGGCACAACCGCGAAUCCUACAUGGUUCCUUUUAUACCUCUCUACAGAAAUGGUGAUUUCUUUAUUUCAUCCAGAGAUCUGGGCUAUGACUAUAGCUACCUACAAGAUUCAGACCCGGACUUUUUUCAAGAUUACAUUAAGCCGUACUUAGAACAAGCAAGCCGGAUCUGGCCGUGGCUCGUCGGGGCAGCCCUGGUGGGGUCUGUCCUCACGGCUGUGCUGGGCGGACUCACUCGCCGUUUAUGUCGUCGAAAGAGAAAGCAGCUUCCUGAAGAAAAGGAGCCACUUCUCAUGGAAAGAGGAUUACCACAGCCUGCUGUACCAGAGCCAUUUAUAAAAGGACCAGGCAAUGGAGUAGUCAAAAAGCCUGACCUCGCUUUAACGCAAGUGAUGUUCAAGGCCCCAGGGGUGGUCCCAGCAGACAUCCUUGGCCUUCCUCUGGGAAGACCAUUCUCAGAAUUUUAA